CGUUUGACGACCUGUCCUGCCCUAAGUCCUGUCCCAAGGGUGGUGAGCUGUUCGUCUACGACAACCAUCUGACGCACUAUCCCACCAAGGUAUCUCCACCCACCUUAUCACCAUCUUCGUCAUCGACAGCUGUGAUAAACGAUUUGCGCACAAUCGAAAGCAAAAUGCACACGUUCUUCAGCGAACAAAAUGCCUAUUAUAGGCGCCCGACUACGGUUCCCAUGAGCAUGGGCGCCACGUCCUACCCUAGCGUGGGGGCUGCGCCGGGUUACUACGAGCCUCAGUACUGUUAUAGUGGCUACGCGAGUCCUGCGGGUUACCCCGUGACGGGCCUCGCUCAACAGCACAUGCACCAUCCGGGCAAGGACAUGGUCAAGCCACCGUACUCGUACAUCGCGCUUAUCACCAUGGCCAUUCAAAAUGCACCGGAUAAGAAGAUCACGCUGAACGGAAUUUAUAAUUUCAUAAUGGAACGGUUCCCCUAUUACCGGGAAAACAAACAAGGCUGGCAGAACUCCAUUAGGCACAAUUUGAGUCUUAACGAGUGUUUCGUGAAAGUUCCGCGAGAUGACAAGAAACCCGGCAAAGGAAGCUUCUGGUGUCUUGACCCCGACAGUUACAACAUGUUUGACAAUGGCUCCUACCUGAGACGUAGGAGGCGCUUUAAGAAGCAGGAUGCCCUUAAGGAAAAGGAGGAGGCGCUCAAACGCCAGGGACUUCUUCAGACUAAGCAUCAGCGAACGGAAGACACCAAGUCCAGUCUGAAUGUGGGACUCCAGUCCAGCAAUGAUCUCACAAGUUCCAGCAGUAAAAAGCAACUCCUCAAUCAAAGUGGUCACUGCAAACCUAAACGGGAACCAAUGAAUGAUCCCAACUCGGCCGUUCACUGUAUGAUUGGCAGCAAGUACCACGACCAUCACAGCCCUAUCCAGGACAACAAGUCGUCGGUCAGCGGUACCCAGAGUGUCAUCCAGAGCUCGUUGGUGCCAAGUCACCAGAAUAGUACGCAUCACCAACAGCAACCACAUCACCAGUCCACGAUUCAAGAUGUCGCAAUGGCCGGCCUAGACCCGACGAGUUUUAGCGUCGAUGCCCUCAUGACUAACAACCGCGACACCGGUUCCAGCCAGCUGAUGAGCAGCCAACUAAGUCGCGACAGUAGCCAUCAACAGCACCACCACCAAAGUCACAGCAUAGCACAGCAGCAACAGCACCCAGGGAUCAUGACCUCGCGACCGGAGGUCUCUUCGAUGAGUAGCGUCGUCUCGGCCGUCGGUAGCUCCAGCCGAGACCUGUCCACACCCGUGGCUGCGGCGGCAGCGACCACGACCGCCAGUACCACGAGCACAACGGCCGCCGUGGCUGCGAUGAUGGCUUCCUCAGGUGCCUACGGACACGUUACAACCAGUAGCAUCGCGAGACCCUCCAAUUUAUCGCCCAACUCCACGACCAACAUGUACAGCGCCUACUGCCCGCCUGGCUAUCUCAUGACUGAUCAUCCGGAUGCCUAUAACACAGUGCCCAGGAGUGGUCACAACGGCAUUGGACACGCCCAAUGGUACCAGGAGGCGGCCAGUCCCGAUGCCGCGGCCAUGUACCAGGAGACGCAAUCGCCCAGCUGUCAGAUGUACAGGUCUAGUCCUCCCACAUCGUUGUCCUCGGGGGCAGCGUCGUCGCCACCCUUGUACCACCCGCACCGCUACUACCAGGACUGCAACGCGAUCCAGACCAGCGGCAAUCUGCCCAUAACGUUGCACAAGUACUGA